UAUUUUUUUAACUAUAUCGCGAGUACUUGAAAAUUUCUAAAAUUUUGGAGUGUUGUCCUGUUGAAGAACGCCAUCUGUGGUUUGUGCGUGCUUUGGAGGGAAGAGAAAGGUCUUCGCGUUCCCGCUCAGCUCUUGGUGGGCAACCCUGACCCACCCAAACACCCUUCGUUUGCCCUCGGCGACCAGAGCUCAGAGAGUGCGAGCGCAAGGGAAUAAAUCGAGGGCGUUCAGGGUGACUGCGAGCACGAGCUCGCAGCGUGGCCCACACCUCCCCUGGGCAGGGCUCUGGCUCCAGCUCUGGAGGGGACCGAGGGCCAGAGGGCAGUUGGCGGUACGCACCGCCGCGGUCCAAAUCCUCGGCCCCCGCCUCUGGGCUGGCGCCACAUUUGGGCGGUGGGGUGAGAUAAAACGGGCAAGGUUCUGCAACUCCAAAUCAGCGAGGCGCAGCUCCGAUACCGGCGCCUUUACAGGGGCUCCGGGCGUGUUUGUUCCAACUGUUUAAACUGUUUCAAGCCAGAGCCCAAGCCACCUUGGUCAAACAACUCUUAAUCUCUCCAGCAAGAGGGCCGCCCUUCUAUGCGGGGAAGGACAAAUUGAGCGCGGGGACCCGGGGUCGAACACUACCUCUCCUCAGGCCGCUCCAAAGGACCCCAGCCCGCCGCCCCUUCGCGCCCCCGGACACCAAGCUUCUUGCGUCAGCCGGGGCGGGGGUGGGGGAUUUUCGGCAGCCGCGCCGCCGGGGAAGGAAGGGCCCGGGAUCUUGCCCCGCCCUCAGGGGGCGGGAGGCGGAGCAGGCCAGAGGGCUGGCCCGCAACUCUGGACGAGUAGCCGAACGGGGAGUGCCGGGGGCCCCAGGAGCUGCCGCUGCCGCCAGUGCUGCCCUGUCCACGCCGCGCUUUGGCAGCCGGGACAGGGUCGCCGUCGAGGAGCCCCAACGCAGUCUCCAGCUCAGCAUGAUGGACAUGGAGUUGCCGCCGCCAGGACUGCCGUCCCAGCAGGACAUGGAUUUGAUUGACAUCCUUUGGAGGCAAGAUAUAGAUCUUGGGGUAAGUCGAGACGUAUUUGACUUCAGUCAGCGACAGAAGGAGUAUGAGCUGGAAAAACAGAAAAAACUUGAAAAGGAAAGACAAGAACAACUCCAAAAGGAGCAAGAGAAGGCCUUUUUUGCUCAGUUACAACUAGAUGAAGAGACAGGUGAAUGUCUCCCAAUUCAGCCAGCCCAGCACACCCAGUCAGAAACCAGUGGAUCUGCAAACUACUCCCAGGUUGCCCACAUUCCCAAACCAGAUGCUCUGUACUUCGAUGACUGUAUGCAGCUUUUGGCAGAGACAUUCCCAUUUGUAGAUGACAAUGAGGUUUCUUCAGCUACAUUUCAGUCACUUGUUCCUGAUAUUCCCAGCCACAUCGAGAGCCCAGUCUUCAAUGCUCCUCCUCAGGCCCAGUCACCUGAAACUUCUCUUGAUGGAGCCAUGGCUGAUGUAAACAACAUCCAACAGGAUAUUGAGCAAGUUUGGCAGGAGCUAUUUUCCAUUCCAGAAUUACAGUGUCUUAAUAUUGAAAAUGAUAAGCUGGUUGAGACUACCACCGUUCCAAGCCCAGAAGCCAAGCUGACAGAAAUCGACAACAAUUAUUUCUACCCAUCCAUCCCCUCACUGGAGAAAGAAGUAGGGAACUGCAGUCCACAUUUUCUGAAUGCUUUUGAGGAUUCCUUCAGCAGCAUCCUCUCCACAGAAGAUCCCAAUCAGUUGACAGUGAAUUCAUUAAAUUCAGAUGCCACAUUAAACACAGAUUUUGGUGAUGAAUUUUAUUCUGCUUUCAUAGCAGAACCUAGUACCAGCAAUAGCAUGCCCUCCUCUGCUACUGUCAGUCACUCUCUCUCUGAACUUCUGUAUGGGCCCAUUGAUGGUUCUGACCUAUCACUCUGUAAAGCUUUCAACCAAAAUCAUCCUGAAAGCACAGCAGAAUUCAAUGAUUCUGACUCUGGCAUUUCACUGAACACAAGUCCUAGCAUGGCAUCACCAGAACAUUCAGUGGAGUCUUCCAUCUAUGGAGACCCACCACCUGGCUUCAGUGAUUCUGAAAUGGAAGAGUUAGAUAGUGCCCCUGGAAGUGUUAAACAGAAUGCUCCCAAAACACAGCCAAUACAUUCUGGGGAUACAGUGCAACCUCUGUCACCAUCUCAAGUGCACAGUGCACCCGUGCAUGAUGCCUACAGUGAAAACACACCAAAGAAAGAAAUGCCUUUAAGUCCUGGUCAUAGAAAAACCCCAUUCACAAAAGACAAACAUUCAAGUCGCUUGGAGGCUCAUCUCACCAGAGAUGAGCUUAGGGCAAAAGCUCUCCAUAUCCCAUUCCCUGUGGAAAAAAUCAUUAACCUUCCUGUUGAUGACUUCAAUGAAAUGAUGUCCAAAGAACAAUUCAAUGAAGCCCAACUUGCAUUAAUUCGAGAUAUACGUAGGAGGGGUAAAAAUAAAGUGGCUGCUCAAAAUUGCAGAAAAAGAAAACUGGAAAAUAUAGUAGAACUGGAGCAGGAUUUAGGUCAUUUAAAAGAUGAAAAAGAAAAAUUACUUAAAGAAAAAGGAGAAAAUGACAAAAGCCUCCAUCUACUGAAAAAACAACUCAGCACUUUGUAUCUUGAAGUCUUUAGCAUGUUACGGGAUGAAGAUGGGAAACCUUAUUCUCCUAGUGAAUACUCUCUGCAACAAACAAGAGAUGGCAAUGUAUUCCUUGUUCCCAAAAGUAAGAAGCCAGAUGUUAAGAAAAACUAGGUUUGGGAGAAUUUGACAUUUUCUGAGCUAGUUUUUUUUUUUUUUUUUUUUUUUUUUUUUUUUUUUUUGUAAUACUAAAAGCUCCUACUGUGAUGUGAAAUGCAGAAAUAUACUUUAUAAUUCUAUGCAAAAUUAUAGCCAAAGCUAGUAUAGAAUAUGAAAUUUAAAAGCAUUAAAAUAUCAGUACAUUGAAUCAGCGAUUUCACUUUUAACUAUAAUUUCUUAGGACACCAUUUGGGCUAGAUUCUGCAUAAGUGUAAAUACUACAAAACUUAUUUAUACUGUUCUUAUCUCAUUUGUUACAUUCAUAGAUUUAUAUGGCGAUAUGACAUCUGGAUAAAAGUAAAUCGUUGCAAAACUAACCACUAUGUACUUUUUUUUUUUUUUUUUUUUUUUUACAAAUACUGUAUGAACGAAAAAAUGCAUUUUUUUAUAUUCAAUUGUUUAGCUCUGGCAAAAAGCAACUUUUAAGAGCUGAUACUAAUAAAGGAAUAUUACGACUGUUAAAUAAUUUUAGUUUAUUCACAACAUUUUCCAUAAGACAAUCAUCUGAUACACUUGGAUGUUCUGUUUUUUCAUGUUUUUUUAUGACUUUAAAAAAAUGUGGUACUAGGGUUAUCAAGAUAGUGGCAGUUCAACAGCAGCUGUAUCUCAAACAAGGGAAAGUCAAAAUUCCUGUACUCCUAGAAUUUGCAUUCUAGUACAGUAAGGAUAGCAAACAUAAUUUAUUAUGUUAGAAAAUAAAGGUAACAAAGGUCCUGCUGUCCAGUGAUAGCCUGAGACAGGAGGAUCACAAAUUCAAGGCCAACCUGGUAAAAAAUCUUGGGAAUGUCAGCAUUUGUGUUGCAACCUAAAACUACCUUGAGGUUGCAACAUUUGAAGGUGUGGAAAAGCAAGAAUUUUUGAUAAAAGAUGGAAAACAUGGAGUAAGUCUAAAGGUCAAGAACUUGGGAGAGAACGCGUUGUGGCCAGAGAGGAUGAGGGAUGGAACACAAGCCUUGUAAGCCCUCACUUCAGCCUAAAAGCUUAUUGGCCACAAUAAGCAGGAAUAUAUUCAAGCACUGAUUGUGCCAACAUCCUCUUAAGAGCAACUAAGUACUAGAUUCUGCAUCUCAAAAAAACUAGAGAGGAAAGGACUUUAUUAUAAAUGGUAUUGCCCAGGAAUGGAGUAAACUAGAACACAGGUAAAUGGGAACUGGCUCCCAUUUGGACACCUUUGAAUAUUAGACAUGGAGGCCUUACCAAGUCCUUUUAAAAAUGCAUUUUCAAAUCAUUCAUCGCUUCCAUUCAGCAACUGUAUGUGAUGUUAAGUAUUUUUGACUCAGGAGACUCAAAGCAAGCAUUAAAUAUCAAUUACUCAUUUAAAAGUUCUAUUAAUCCAGUCACAUGUGGUGGUGCACACCUAUGAUUGCAAGUUCAAAGUCAGCCAGAGGCAUUAAGCAACUCAGGUGAGAUCCCUCUCUAAACCAAAUGUAGGGCUGGGGUUGUCACUCAGCGGUUGGGUACCCGUGUUGAAUCCCCAGUACCCAAAUGAGUGUGAGUUCUAUUAAUCCACCAGGAGCAAGAUAGUGUUCCACCACCUCUGGAACCAGAUAAUCCGAGUUGCUAUUAGUUCCUGUAAUGACCUCCAACCAACUUUCUUCAGCACUCAAGCUUGUUUUAUCAGUUUUAGCUCACAUUAAGCAUAUUAUAGCUGGUGUUGUGAAUACUUUUCUGAUUCAGAUGACUUAAGAUCAGGAUUGAAAAUGACUUCAAGGAACAAUAGAUCUGGGAUUCAAAUACUGUAUCCUGAAUAUUGUGCUGUCAAUUUCCUCUGGUGGUUAGAGCAGUGGUGACUGAGGACGCCUAGGAGACCUUUCCAACCUCAAAACAGUAUUCAUUCUUACAUGAAAUUAAGUGGGGGUUCAUGGCAAGAAUGUUAGCAGCAGACCCAUUUGGAGCGCCUGUAGUCAGUUGGUACUGUCUUCUUCCAUUUAGCUGCAUCCACUGAGUUCCAAAAUACUUUCCCAGCUCAUACAAUAUAACCAUAUUAUAGUACCAAAAUUAUUUAAGUACUAAUUCGAUUGCAACUCAUUUAAAAUUUCUAGAACAAAUCCUAAAACUUACUUGAACUAUUCCUAAGUUCCAUUCUGUAGUUUGAGAAUGUAUACCUUCUGAGGCAUUAAUGCCAAUCAUUGUUCUAGACAUACUAGUUGCUUAACUUCAUGUAAAUGCCCUUUUCAUUCUGAGAUUUCUGAAGCCUGUUCCACUGAUGUGCUAGGUGGGAGUGUGUUCAAAUUUAUCUCCUAUGCCCCUAUUUUUGCAAUCAGGUCUUGGAACAUAGGAAUUCUUCCUAUUUGAAGAUACUGUCAGAUCAGUUUGUUGAUAUGAAUUAGUACUACUGAAGAACUGAGGAGGGAAAAAAAAAACCUAAUUUUCAAUCUCACAUGAAAAAAAAUGUCUUAGACACUGGCAUACCUAGUCACCCAUGAAAAUUUCAGGCAUGCUCAGUACAGAUAUAUAGUUAAGGCAGGGUCAAACCAAGUGGCCAAGACUGGCUUUGAACUUAAAUGCUCCUGCCUCAGCCUCUGUUGCUGAGACUCCAAGUGUACAACACCACAUCUGGACAGAAAACACUUAGAAUUGACAAAACCACAACAUUCUUACAAACCAAAAGAUAGACACUAGUUAAGCUCUUUAAGAUCAUUUUCAUGUCAUAUUUCAGGAUCGGUGUUAUAUUCCU